AUGCAUCUUGCGAUACUUGCUCUUUCCGUGGCGCUUGGCAUGCCCUUGGUAGACGCAUAUCCCAUCAAAGGAAGCAAUGUGAACUGCCGCUCAGGCCCAGGAACCAACUUUCCUGUCGUCAAGCAGUAUCAGCUCGGACAGAACGUUCAAGUAACAUGUCAAGCCCGCGGUGAAAGUGUUUCAGGUGACACCCUCUGGGACAAGACAUCUGACGGCUGCUAUGUAGCCGACUGGUAUGUGCAGACGGGAACCUCAAACAUGGUCACUGGUGCUUGUGAUGCUGGUGGUAGCGGCGGCGGAUAUCCCAUCAACGACAACGACGUCAACUGCCGGUCCGGGCCAGGAACAAGUUUCGGAGUCGUCAAACAAUACAAAAAGGGAGAGAAGGUUCAACUAUCUUGCCAGACCCAAGGGGAAACCAUUUCCGGGGAUAGUCUCUGGGAUAAAACGACAGAUGGCUGCUUCGUGGCAGACUACUAUGUCCAAACUGGCACCUCAAAGAUGGUGACUGGACAAUGUGCUGGCACGACACCACCACCUCCUCCUGGAGGAGGCUCUGGAAAUCUUCCUGGCCUGAACUCUGUUCAAACCGGCCAUGCUCGUGCUAUUAUUGCCCAAACCAAGAAGCAGGGUCUUGGGCGGCAGGGUUGUGAAGCAGCCAUAGCAACUGGACUCACUGAGUCUGGCCUACGAAUCCUAGCUAAUAACGUCGUACCUGCUUCGCUUAAGUACCCCCACGACGGAAUGGGCUCUGACCAUGAUAGUGUUGGCAUCUUCCAGCAGCGGGCGAUGUACUACACUGACAUUGGCUGUGAUAUGGAUGCUGCGUGCUCGGCAAGCUCCUUUUUCAAGGGGAUGACGGCCAUCAAAGGCUGGCAGACUAUGGAUGUUGCUAAGCUCUGCCAGGCGGUUCAGAGGUCUGCGGUUCCUGAUGCCUACAAAAAGUAUGUUGGUGCGGCUGCAAGUAUUUGCGCUGCUGGAGGAUCGUAA